UUUCAUUGAUUUGUCAAAAUUUGCAAGGUCGAUUCGUCUGCGAACGACUAGAUUUUUACGUAACUCUCCAGGUUUUUAGUUAAAACUCUUGGAGAAGAUGCUGGGGCGCCUUGGGAAGAAGCACUUGGAGAUGGCCACGUCCUUCGUGACGUCGGCAGCUGGCUUCGGCGGCACGGCCUUCCUCGGACUGCUGUACUUCACUGACUGGAAGGUGUUCGUAACUUACAUCCCGAUCUACAACACCAAGUUCCCUAAAGAAGAAGAGAAGAAGUGAUUCUUUACUAGUGAAUUUAACUUAUUGUGGCUCCCUAGCAUGUUACGUGUAUUAUAAGUUGUAUAGUUCAAAAUCA